ACCAAAAAAGUGGACGCUGAUUAUUGGGUCGCGCAUUCACUGGACAUGGUUUUGACAGUUAACUUGACAGGACAGCGUUUGCAUUCGCCGAUGUGAUGUGUUAUUGUAUAUAUUAUUUUGUAUAGUAUAGGAUUGUCGCAUUAGUUUUGUGUAAAAUUCAAACUUAAUUAGCAAAAUUUAAGACGAAGGUUAAUUUAAUGAGGAUGCUGGUUUAACCGCCUUGCAUUAUUUUCCUAAGCCAUGCUGCAAUGUGAUAUCGUCUCACAUAAAUCUUAUUGGUAAAGUGGUGACAGAAAAUGAACUGUAUAAAAACUGAGUCUGACGAUUUAAUAUGCCGCGGCUGCCUCAGCACGGACCGGCGGCUCUCUCCUUUAGCGAACUAUGAUAUGUUUCUUAGUUUAUUAGUCGAAAAACAGAGGACAGAGGCAUUGAGUAAGCCAUACAUACUUAUCUGUUGGGAGUGUAAUGCGACUUUGAGGAGAUUUCAGUUGUUCCGAGGCCAGGUGCGGAGGGCACACACAGUUCUUGAAGAAUCAUUAACACUUCCUAUUAAAACCACAUUAUCCUGUCUCAGCAUUAGGAUUAAAGAUAAGUAUGAUGCUUGUUUCGAAGACAGCCAACUUCUAGAAGAAAACCCUUAUUUUAAAAUUCCUUCUCUAGAGUCCAUCAAACAUGAAAUACCGAGAAAUGAAACAGAAACAGAUAAUGAUAAUAUUGAAGUCGCAAAAGCAAUUAAUGUUCUAGCAACAAAUGUUCUUCCUAAAAAAAGAAAAAUUAAAAAUAAAACUAUAGAAAAGAAAAAAAGAAAAGUAAAGUUCGAAGAACCUUUAGUAACCAAUUUGAAAGUAGAAAAAAGUAAAAAAAAAAGCAAAAAGAAAGAUAAAAUUAAACAAGUAGAAAUUGAAGUUUGUAAUGUCAAUGAAAAGCAAGCAGAUGACAAAGUAGAAGUUAAAGUGGAAAGAAUUAGUGAUGUUGAAGAGAAUCAUUGGAUACAAGAAACUUUUAGUGAUGAUCAUGUAACAAAUGAUAAUGAUGAUUCUGAUUAUGGCUCUAAAGAUGGGAAAGAAAAAAAAGAAUACAAGAAGAGGAUCUUGACAUUCAAGAAAACAAUUAUUCAUUAUAGUGAAGAUGUUUCAAAGUAUUUUACAGAGGUUGAAAUGAGCGAAGAAGAAAUGAGAAAUGUUUUAGAGAAGCAAGUUGAGCUUGUGAACAAGGCAAAACCCUACCGAUGUGAAUUUUGUGGACUUAGUUUUAAACAGAAAAAGACUUUGAAUGGACAUGUCACACAUAGUCAUAGAAAGGCAAUGCACAAAGACCAAAUUAAAAAGGAACCAGACGAGGUACUCAGUAGUCCCUUCCUCUACCGGUGCUGCUACUGCGACAGGAUGCUACGGAAGGAGCACACACAGUCACACCUGCUCGAGUACCACAGACAUAAGUACCAGUGUCUGGGCUGCAGCUGGUCGGAGGCUUUCUUUUGGUGAGUUAUACCUGAUCAUAAUUAUAUCCAUUUAGAUAGUUUCUUCCUCCACCGCUGCUACUGCGACAGGAUGCUACGGAAGCAGCACACACAGUCACACCUGCUCGAGUACCACAGACAUAAGUACCAGUGUCUGGGCUGCAGCUGGUCGGAGGCUUUCUUUUGGUGAGUUAUACCUGAUCAUAAUUAUA